AUGUCUGCAAAUUCUGAAUAUGAGAAUGAUUUUGAAAAUAAUGCUAAUCUUUCUGUGCACAAUAAAAUUCAGAAAGAUGAACGGUCAUGUUCUGAAAGAGAGAAAACUUUUAAUGUGCUAUCAAGUGUUGCUGAAAAUCAGACAAAUGACUCAGGAGAGAAGCCAUAUUCAUGUUCAGAAUGUGGAAAGUGUUUUUGUCAGAAAUCACAUCUUGUUGAACAUCAUAAAACUCACACAGGAGAGAAGCCAUUUUCAUGUUCGGAAUGUGGGAAAUGUUAUAGUAAUAAAUCAAGUCUUCUGAGACAUCAGAGAAUUCACACAGGAGAGAAGCCAUAUUCAUGUUCAGAAUGUGGGAAAUGUUUUAGUCGGAAAUCACAUCUUGUUGAACAUCAUAAAACUCACACAGGAGAGAAGCCAUUUUCAUGUUCGGAAUGUGGGAAAUGUUAUAGUAAUAAAUCAAGUCUUCUGAGACAUCAGAGAAUUCACACAGGAGAGAAGCCAUAUUCAUGUUCAGAAUGUGGGAAAUGUUUUAGUCAGAAAUUUAAUCUUGUUCAACAUCAGAAAACUCACACAGGAGAAAAGCCAUUUUCAUGUUCGGAAUGUGGGAAGAGGUUUAAGAGUCAACCAAGUUUUGUGAUACAUCAGAGAAUUCAUACAGGAGAGAAUCCAUAUUCAUGUUCAGAAUGUGGAAAGUGUUUUCGUCAGAAACCACAUCUUUUGAGACAUCAGAAAAUUCACACAGGGGAGAAGCCAUUUUCAUGUUCGGAAUGUGGGAAAUGUUUUAGUAACAAAUCAAUUCUUGAGGUACAUCAGAGAAUUCACACCGGGGUUAAGCCAUUUUCAUGCCCUGAAUGUGGGAAAUAUUUUAAUCAUAAAUCAGAUCUUGUGAAUCAUCAGAGAAUUCACACCGGAGAGAAGCCAUUUUCUUGUCCCGAAUGUGAGAAGUGUUUUAAUAACAAAUCAAGUCUUGUGCAACAUCAGAGAAUUCACACCGGAGAGAAGCCAUUUUCUUGUCCCGAAUGUGAGAAGUGUUUUAAUAACAAAUUAAGUCUUGUGCAACAUCAGAGAAUUCACACCGGAGAGAAGCCAUUUUCAUGUCAUGAAUGUGGGAAAUAUUUUAGUAUUAAAUCACAUUUUGUGCAACAUCAAAGAAUUCACACAGGAGAGAAGCCAUUUUCUUGUCCUGAAUGUGAGAAGUGUUUUAAUUACAAAUCAAGUUUUGUGCAACAUCAGAGAAUUCACACCGGAGAGAAGCCAUUUUCUUGUCCCGAAUGUGAGAAGUGUUUUAAUAACAAAUCAAGUCUUGUGCAACAUCAGAGAAUUCACACC